AUGGGCAACGACCAAUACAUCUGCGGUGAUUGUGAAACUCCGGUUAAACUCGAUGACAGUUUGAAACGGCUCAACCGGUCUCAACUCAAUUCACUAAUCAAUGCAAAGCAGAAUAAGAAUGACCAAUUGAAUGAUUUGAACCCAGAGGAUUACAUAUCCGCCGAAAAGAUGGAACUUUAUAAUCGGCUUCCGAAACAAGACAAGCCAAUUCAUUACAAGAGUUAUCUUGACAGCGAAGAUGAAGAUAGCGAAGACGAGACGAAUUUUCAUUUGUCAGACUCUAGUGAUAUAAACUCGUAUCUAGUGAUUGAGGAGGAAGAGGUCGAGCAGCACAAUGACCACGCUGAUGAAGAAGAGUUUGAGCUUAGACUCUCCAGUCGUAUCAAGGUGUUGGGAAACAUAUUUAACAUUUUAUCAAACACCCAGGAUAUUGAGCACCCUCUCAGUGAGGAUUGCGCCAACUUGCUACUCGAAAACUAUCAACUUAAAUUUGACCAAUCGCAAAAGGAAAAAGAUCAAUAUUUGUCAUUUCUCAAGAAGUUAAAGAUGCAAGAUCAAAAGUUGAACUUGUACGAAAAUGGUGAGCUCAAGGGGCAUCUAGAAGAUGACAUUGAACCACUGUUGAAUGAAUUUCGAAGUUUGAUUAAACUUGAACAUGAGCGACUCAGCGAGUUGAAAUCCCUCGAGGCUACACGAAGUGAUUUGGAAACCCAGUUGCGAAAGAAUAAAGAAGAAUUAUCAUCAAUAAACAACAAUCAAAUUAACGACAUUCUCAAACUUCGAAACGAACUUCAACUUGAUCUUGGCGAUAGGCAAACUAAACUAGAUCAGCUCAAAGCGUCAUACAAUAUUCAUUUGAACCAUAUUGAUAACCUCCGUAACUCCAACAUCUACAAGUUGAUGUUUGAUAUUAAAAUUGAUGACAAGUAUGGCAAAAUAAAUGGGUUUCGCAUAGGCUACAAAAUUGUGUUGCCUGAAGUGAAUGCCGCUUUGGGACAAAUUGUCCUAUUACUCACAUUGAUAACGAAACGCCUUGAUCUUCGGUUAAAGAAUUACAAAUUGGUUCCCAUGGGGUCGCAAUCACAUAUAGUCAAGUUUACUGAUUCUGAAGAUGGCACACGACAUAAGAAGAUCCUCAACCUAUACUCAUCAGAUGAAUUCACAUUGGGGAGGUUGUUCAAUUUCAACAAAAUGGACGUUGCAAUGAUUGCUUUAUUGGAGGUUGUUGCAUUAAUAGAAAUGCAACUAAAAAGAAUUGACUCGGAGCUUGAAUUGCCGUACAAGAUUUACAAAGAUACAAUUGGUGGAAAGAGUAUUCGCGUCACUGCCAACUCUGAAUGGACCCAAAGUUGUAAAAAUUUGUUAACUUGUUUGAAUUGGGUUUUGACAUUUAUAAGCGCCAACACAAAUUGA